AUGAAGGCUUUGCAUGAACAUGGUUUCCCUGUUCCAAGUGCUGUGGAUUGCAAUCGCCAUUGUGUCGUUAUGUCGCUUGUUCGAGGUUAUUCACUUGUGCAGGUGAAGCAAUUGCAAAACCCAGAUAUAGUUUUUGAAACAAUCAUUGGUCUUGUUGUUCGCAUGGCAGAGCAUGGCCUUAUUCACUGUGAUUUCAAUGAGUUCAACAUAAUGAUUGAUGAUGAGGAGAAGGUCACUAUGAUUGAUUUCCCACAAAUGGUUUCAGUAUCUCAUUAUAAUGCACAGAUGUUUGGCCUGUCUUUUCAAGAACAUGAAGAUGAAUCUAAUGGUUCUGAGGUAGAUUUAGAUGAGAUUGGCAAGCCUAAUUUUUCUUGCAUAACAAAAGUCGCUGGUUUCCUAGACAAGGAACUUGCUGCUAGUGGUUUUACUAGAAAGGAUCAGGAUGACAUUGACAAGGUAUGA